GCAGGGAGGGAGGGGGUCGGGGAGGCGUAGGUCCCGACGCCUCAUUCGGCGAGUGAGUGGCCCGCGUUGAGCUAUCCCACCCUGCAGGCGUCUUCCACACACAGGCCUGCCGGUGGAGAUCAGCCCCCUUGCGAGCUUGGUGCGAGUCCGUCGGAUCCGAUGGAGGAGCUGAGGCCUAGCGGCCCGGGCAUCGCGGCGCUGCUGCCCCCGGGACUGCACGCUAUCUACCAAGAGUGCAAGAGGCUGUACUCGGAUCAGCCCAAUCCUCUGCAAGUCACCGCCAUCGUCAAGUAUUGGUUGGGCGGACCAGACCCACUGGACUACAUUAGCAUGUACAGAAAUCCAGGGAGCCCAGCACAGGAUGUGCCAGAGCAUUGGCACUAUGUCAGCUUUGGUUUGAGUGACUUGUAUGGCGACAAUAGAGUACACGAAUUUACAGGAGUGGAAGGACCAAGUGGCUUUGGGUUUGAACUGACUUUCCGGUUAAGACGAGAAACUGGGGAAACUGCACCUCCAACGUGGCCAGCUGAACUGAUGCAGGGUUUGGCCAGAUAUGUAUUCCAGUCAGAAAACACACUAUGCAGUGGUGACCAUGUCUCUUGGCACAGCCCAUUGGACAACAGUGAAUCCCGCAUCCAACAUAUGUUAUUGACAGAAGACCCACAGCUACAAUCUGUGCGAACCCCCUUUGGAACAGUUGCUUUCCUCCAGAUUGUUGGAGUUUGUACAGAAGAACUUCAAGCAGCACAGCAGUGGAAUGGUCAAGGAAUCUUGGAGCUGCUCCGUACUGUUCCUGUAGCAGGCGGCUCUUGGCUAAUCACAGACAUGCGAAGGGGAGAAACUAUAUUUGAAUCUGAUCCACAUUUGCAGGAGAGAGUGGACAAAGGAAUUGCGACUGAUGGAUCAAAUCUGAGCGGUGUGAGUGCAAAAUGUGCGUGGGUUGAUCUAAGCCGGCCACCAGAAGAUGAAGAAGAUAGUCGAAGUAUUUAUCUCGAGAUGCACCCACGGCGUUUGUCAGAUAAAGAUACAGAGCAAAUAAGAGAAGUGUUACGUAGGGGCCUUGAAAUGAAUACCAAGCCAAUCUUGCCACCAAUUAGCUCUCAGAAACCCCAACAACAGAUUGGAAUGAACCACGACCGAGCACAACUAGUGCAAUCAGUGGGCCAUUUCCAGAGCAAGCAGACUGAAAGGACUAGGAAAGAUAGUUUGGAGAGUGAAAGUUCUGCUGCUAUUGUACCACAUGAAUUGAUCCGCACCAGGCAGUUGGAGAGUGUACACCUUAAAUUCAACCAGGAAUCAGGAACUCUUAUUCCACUGUCACUGAGAGGUAGAUUGUUACAUGGAAGGCACUUUACUUACAAAAGCAUCACAGGAGAUACAGCAAUCACAUUUGUUUCCACUGGAGUUGAAGGAGCGUUUGCUACAGAGGAACAUCCAUAUGCAGCUCAUGGUCCAUGGCUACAGAUUCUGUUGAAUGAAGAAUUUGUGGAAAGGAUGUUAGAGGAUUUAGAAGACCUGGCCUCUCAAGAAGUGAAACUGCCAAAGGAGUACAGCUGGCCAGAGAAAAAACUGAAAAUUACCAUUUUACCUGAAUCGGCAUUCGACAGUCCUCUGCAGUAGCUAAUAAUACCAAGAUUAAAUGUUAUCUGUGUAAAAAUACCUUGCCUUUAUGUUCCACUGCUAAACUUGCAAAAGUAAUUUUGCAGUACAUAAUAGUUAUUACAGUGCCCUCCAUAAUGUUUGAGGCAAAGACCAUCAUUUAUUUAUUUGCCUCUCUACUCCACAAUUACAGAAAAAAGCACAUGUGGUUAAAGUGCACAUUGUCAAAUUUUAACAAAAGGGCAUUUUUAUAUAUUUUGGUUUCACCAUGUAGAAAUUACAGUAGUGUUUAUACAUAGUCCCCCCAUUUCAGGGCGCCAUAAUGUUUGGGACACAGCAAUGUAAUGAAAGUAGUCAUGUUUACUAUUUUGUUGCAUAUCCUUUACAUGCAAUGGCUGCUUGAAGUCUGUGAUUCAUGGACAUCACCAGUUGCUGGGUGUCUUCUUUGGUGAAUCACUGCCAGGCCUUUAUUGCCGCCAUCUUUAGCUUAUGCUAGUUUUGGGGUCUAUUCACCUCCAGUUUUCUCUUCAGCAUAUAAAAGGCAUGCUCAAUUGGGUUCAGAUCGGGUGAUUGACUUGGCCACUCAAGAAUUGACAAUUUUUUAGCGCUGGAAAAACUCCUUUGUUGCUUUAGCAGUAUGUUUGGGAUCAUUGUCUUGCUGUAGAAUGAACCGCCAGCCAAUGCCUUUUGAGGCAUUUGUUUGAACUUGAGUAGAUAGGAUGUGUCUAUACACUUCAGAAUUCAUUAUGCUACUGCCAUCAGCAGUUGUAUCUUCAAUGAAGAUAAGUAAGCUAGUACCUUCACCAGCCAUACAUGCCCAGGCCAUAACACCCCCCCCCCACCACCACCAUGUUUCACAGAUAAAGUGGUAAGCUUUGGAUCUUGGGCAGUUCCUUCUCUCCUCCAUACUUUGCUCUUGCCAUCACUGAUAUAAAUUAAUAUUUGUUUCAUCUGUCCACAAGACAUUUUUCCAGAACUGUGGUUGCUCUUUCAAGUACUUCUUGGCAAACUGUAACCUGGCGGCAUCCUAUUUUUGAGGCUAACCAUCUUGCAGUGUAGCCUCUAUUUCUGUUCAUGAAGUCUUCUGCGGACAGUGGUCAUUGACAAAUCCACACCUGACUCCUGAAGAAUGUUUCUGAUCUGUCAGACAGGUGUUUGGGGAUUUUUCUUUAUUAUAGAGAGAAGUCUUCUGUCAUUAGCUGUGGAGGUCUACCUUGGCCUGCCAGCCCCUUUGCGAUUAGUAAGCUCACCAGUGCUCUCUUUCUUAAUGAUGUUCCCAACAGUUGAUUUUGGUAAGCCUACGGUUUGACUGAUGUCUCUAACAGUUUUGUGUUGGAGCUCUCUUAUACCUGCAUUAAGGAGGCAAUUAAACACACCUGAGCAAUUACAAACACCUGUGAAGCCAUGUGUCCCAAACAUUAUGGCGCUCUGAAAUGGUGGAACUAUGUGUAAACACAGCUGUAAUUUCUACAUGGUGAAACCAAAAUGCAUAAAUUUGGCCUUUAUUACAAUAUGACAAUGUACAGUUUAAAUACAUGUGAUUUUUUCUAUUACAAAUCUCAAAUUGUGGAGAUCGGAGGCAAUUAAAUAAAUGAUGGGUCUUUGUCCCAAGCAUUAUGGAGGGCACUGUAUAAAGGAUGGCUACCUAGAUAUUGUAGUUUAAAGCUGCAUUUAAAAAGUCACGCUAAUGUUAAAUCCAUUCCAAUUAAACUGGGACGUGUACUUUAGUUCACCAAACCUAUUAUAUUAAAGACCAGUAUGGGAGGGGAGCGAGCAAAUCAGUUGCACGUAGUAUUUUUAUAGCUUAUUGAUGACUUAAGUGCUGAUCAAGUACUGCUUGCCUAAAAUUGUAUGUAUCCCAUAGAUGUGUGGAUCAUUGCCAAAGAUGAGUUCCACAGCAGGUGACCUAUUUUGGGGUAUUUUCAAAUUUAUUAUACUUUUGUACAAUUUUAUGACAGUCUUUUCACCAGAAAAUUGAUUCUUUUUCAAUCAAAGUAGAGUUGGAUGGUAAAUAUGAAGGGAAGUUGAUGGAGCGAGUGGGUGAAAAGGGAGAUGUUCGGACACGAUCAACUUUUUCCUUUCACGUUAGUGGUAAAUCAACUUUAUAAUCAUCUCUCUGUUUAAAGAUAUUUUUGUUUAAUGCAUGAAAUGGUAGAUUUUUUAAAUUAAUUAUUAGGAUUCCAUUUUUU